AUGAGGAUUCCGGGUCCUACCGAAUCCCUCAGCAACCCGAAGGAUGGCGAGGUCGUCUUUUUUACAGACGUUCUGCUUCAGGGGGUUCAGUUACCAUUGCAGCCUGUCGUGCAUAAGAUCCUUGCCCAAAUUGGGUAUGCUCCAGGCCAAUACAAUCCCAACUUCUGGGUGGCUUUGAUGGGGGUGAUCGCUGCAUUCGGUAUUGCCGGAGAAGGUGAGCCUUGGAAAUGA